CAGAAGAUGUGAAGACUGAGAGAUUACUUUCUGAUUCCAGAGCUUCCAAUAUCUUUCAUGAUGCAGGAUCCAGCCAGAGAUUUUAAAAUUGAAGACAAUGAAAUUAUAUCAGAGCAUGUUAGAAGAGGAUUUGCAGAUAAGAAACUCAAACCAAAUAACAUACCAAGAUUUGAGUGUGCCACUUAAUUCAUUAUUCAUUCAGCUCUGGAUAUUAUUGGCCUUUGAAUGGUAUUCGAAGGACAUGAUUUGCAGUCAGAAAGCUAAAACAAUACAUUACAUCAGGAUCUGGCACAACUUAUUGUAACAUCCAUAUCGUUGCAUGUUUAAUAUGGAAAGCAAAAGCACUGUUCACAUUCGAGAUAAACCAUGGAAAUGUGGAGACUGUGAGGAGGGAUUCAGAUCCCCCUCUGAGCUGGAAACUCAUCGGCAUAGCCACACAGGAGAGAGGCCGUUCAUCUGCCCCGAGUGUGGGAAAGGAUUCACUCGCUCAUCCAACCUGCUGCAACACCAGCGAGGUCACUCCGGAGAGAGGCCAUUCUCCUGCCCCAAGUGUGGGAAAGGAUUCAUUCAUUCAACCAAUCUGCUGAGACAUCAGCAAAUUCACACGAGGGAGGGACCGUUCAGCUGCUCCAAGUGUGGAAAGGGAUUCACUCGCUCAUCAGGGCUGCUACAACACCAACGGGUUCAUGCCGGGAAGAGGCCAUUCACCUGCUUCAGAUGUGGGAAGGGAUUCACUCAGUUCUCCAACCAGCUGAAACAUCAGCGAGUUCACACUGAGGACAGACCUUUUCACUGCCCAGAGUGUGGAAAGUGCUUUAAAAGUUCUGGGGACCUGAUGCGCCACCGAUGUGUUCACGCUGAGGAGAAACCAUUCCUGUGUUCUCACUGCGGCUGUGCGUUCAAACGGUCAGAGGAGCUCACUGUGCACCAGCGAAGCCACACCGGAGAGAGACCGUUCAGCUGCGCCGAGUGUGGGAAGAGAUUCACUCAGUCAUCUGCACUGCUAACACAUCAGCGCAUUCACACUAGGGAGAAGCCAUUCGCCUGCUCAGUUUGUGCAAAGGGUUUCACUGAUUUAUCAACUUUUCUGAAACACCAGCAAGUUCACACAGACAAGAGACCAUUUAAAUGUUCAGAUUGUGGUAAGUGCUAUAAAAGUUCCCGGGAACUGCUGUCCCAUCAACGCACUCACACGGAUGAGAGACCUUUUAAAUGCUCAAACUGUGGGAAACGCUAUAAAAGUUCUGGGGAACUGAUGCGCCAUCAACGUGUUCACACUGACGAGAGACCGUUUAGGUGCAAUCACUGUGGGGCUGGGUUCAGGCAAUCGUAUCUACUCACAGUACACCGGCGAGUGCACACUGGGGAGAAACCAUUCACCUGCUCUGAGUGUGGGAAGAGAUUCACUCAGUCAUCCACCCUGAGGACGCACCAGAGAGUUCACACUGGGGAGAGGCCCUUCACCUGCUUCCAGUGUGAGAAGGCAUUCACAACUUCAUCUACCCUGCUGAAACACCAGCGAGUUCACCAAGAGCAAUUGCCGUACAUCUGCUCCAUUUGUGGAAAGGGAUUUACUCUGUCAUCUGAUCUUCUGAAACAUGAACGCACUCACACUGGGGAGAGGCCAUUCACCUGCCUCGAGUGUGGGAAGGGAUUCAGUGACUCAUCCAACCUGUUGAAACACCAACAAAUUCACACUGGGGAGAGGCCAUUCAUCUGCUCGGAGUGUGGAAAGGGAUUCACUCUGUCAUCUGACCUUCUGAAACAUGAACGCACUCACACUGGGGAGAGGCCGUUCAUCUGCCCUGAAUGUGGAAAGGGAUUCAGUGACUCAUCUAACUUGUGGAGACACCAACGAGUUCACACUGGGGAGAGGCCAUUCAUCUGCUCUGAGUGUGGGAAGGGAUUCACUCGGUCACCCCAUUUGCUGAAACACCAGCGAGUUCACACUCGGGAGAGACCAUUCCUCUGCCCUGAGUGUGGGAAGGGAUUCAGUGACUCAUCCUACCUGCUGACACACCAGCGAGUUCACACUGGGGAGAAGCCAUUCCCAUGCUCUGAGUGUGGCAAGGCAUUCUCUCAGAUAUCCAACCUCAGGGCACACCAACUGGUUCACACUGAUGAGAGACCUUUCAAAUGUUCGCAGUGUGAGAAGAGCUAUAAACGCAGACGUGAAGUGCUGACUCACCAAUGCAUUCACACUGGGGAGAGGCCAUUCCCCUGCUCUGUGUGUGGGAAACGAUUUGUCCAUUCAAAAAACCUUCUGAAACACCAGCGAACACACACUGGUGAGAAGUUGUUACCUGCUCCCUCAUGGGAAAGGAUUUACUCAGUCAUCCCACCUGCUGAGACACCAGCGAGUUCACACGUGACUGCAGGGCAGGCAUCUGUUGCUGUUGUUGUUCUUAAUGAAACUUUGCCUCACAUCACCACUGCAUCAGUUUCCCAAAACCUUAACUCUAGCUCCCCAGUCCAUGGACCGUCACAGAAUGGAAACAAUGUUUUAUUUUUCUACCUCAACUAAACUUGUCAAAAACUCAUACUCUUGAAACACGGUGAGCGGAACCGGACUCUAGUUCUGUCCAAAAGGCAGCUUUUAAAAAGUCAGCAUCUUUUUCCUGAUUUUCUCCACGAUAUCUCGAUUUAUGAAGUUCAAGGUUCCAUAUGUUUUGCUCACUACUCUCUCAAUGUGUCCUGUCAUCUGUAUAGUGUCCCUCCCUCUCAGCCAGAAGCUCUGGUUUCAAGUCCCAUCUGCUAUGGAACUGUGUUAGAGCAGUUUGAUUUUUCUCUUAAUUGAAGAUUGAAUUAUGUCCAUUAGAAUCUGUUUUGCUGAAGAUAAUGAACUCCAGCUCAGUUAAAGGGACCACUGGGUAAGGGGUGAAUGGAAUAAUAAACCCAAGUUCAUUUCUGCAAUAAACUCAUUAAUUUGUGCAAUA